AUGGAUAUCAACGUGGUAUGGCAGGAAAUAAUGCGCUUCCAGGAGACAGUCAUUGGUACUUCUGGGCACCUGUACGCGGCCGAACAGGAGAACGCACUGGUGCAUGAUUUCCUGGAGAGGAUCCCCGUCGAGACACUGUUCGCUUGUCUACAGGACGCAAGCGAUCGUGGAUCCUCCAAGCAGGUGAAGCAGGCGUGUGCCUGUAUCAACCGCGUGCUGAGCGCUGAGGACGACGGUACCGGUCUCUUCUUUCAGCCAGACAUUGUACCGUUUGUUCUGGCUGGACUAGCGCAUGUAGAGAAGGAGGCGAGAGUGCUUGUGGUGAACCAGUUUAUUGCACAACUAGGCAGGAAGCCGUCGCUGGACCAGGUCAAAGUCGCGGACCCACUGGUUUUGACGCAGGUUUGCGAUGUAAUAACGGAUGAAGACAUUGAGGUGGCUGCCAAGGCGUCGACUGUGUUGGAAAUGCUUUCAAACAUCGCAAACAGUGGCAUCUACCAAGCAGUGCUAGACUCACUGAAGACCAAAGCGCAGAGCAGUGAAAUUACAGAGAAUUCAAUUGAAUUCUUACGGUAUUUGGAAACAAUUGUGAAGAUCUGCGCACAGAAGGAUGAACACAUGGAGUAUGGCAUCUCUUCUGGUGCCAUUGACUUGAUUCUGAACUGCCUAAAAUCAGACGACCCACUGUUCUUGAUGAAUGUCGUCGACUUGGUGCCCGCAUUAUGCCAGACCAAGAUUGGUGUGCAGUACAUAUUUCAGUCCGGAACGCUGAAGACUCUGCUUGCGAUGACAGAAGAUCCAUUUGUUGGAGGCAACGCCGUUCGACUUGUGGGCGAAGUGUCAGCUACUGCCGCCAGUUUGAAUAUUCAAUCAUGGAGUUGGAGCGACGCCACACUCUCCAAGGCUUUUCUGGAGACGGUGGAGAGAAAAAUGCAAAGUUCGGAUUCGUUGCAACAGAUUGCAGCCAUGGACGCGCUGGCUGCGUUUGCGUCCUCGUCCGACAAAGAGCUCCAACUUCUGCUCCAAUACCGCAGCAUUUGUCAAGUGUGGCUACAGUUCGGUAGCAGUACGAAGAUGCCGGUUAAAGCCAAUUGUUUUCACUCACUGGCACGAGUGCUCGGGGCACACACGCGACUCGCGAAGCAGCCUGAGCAAGUGCCUGAGGAGAAUGCCGGUGUCUGGAACAUGUGCGAGCGGUUGUUCAAUAGUUUAGGAGUGGAAUGUGCGCAGCAGUCGACUUUAGUCUUGCUCAUGAACGCGUUGAAGCAGCCGUUCGAGGAGUUGCGGACGUCUGUCUUCCACGUUCUACGCUCCGUGGCUGCACAGAACAGCGCUUGGGGGAUGCGUGCGUUGCUCUCAUACGGCGGCUUCUUCGAGUUCCUCAUGGACCGCACCACUGAGCCGACCAAGGAGACGCGGGAGUGGAAAUUCGCAGUACUGGACGCUGUUCUAGCCUCGCCAUUCCAUUCGCUGUUGGAUGCAUCUUUACUGGAAAAGCUGCAGGCGAGUCUGCGUCGAGGUCCCUACGCUGGAGCGGCAGCCCCUGCCGAGAUGGAGCUCGAGUCGGCCUGA